AUGCCGUUCGGUUUGCUAAAUGCUGGGGCUACAUAUCAAAAGAUGGUCAACAAGAUGUUUAUGGACCAGACUAGGAAAACAAUGGAAGUGUAUGUGGACGACAUGCUAGUCAAAUCAAAGGAAGCUUAUGAUCAUGUGACACACUUAUCAGAGAUGUUCGACAUACUAAGGGAUAACAGGAUGAAGUUGAAUCCACAAAAGUGCGUAUUCGGGGUUGAAUCUGGCAAGUUCUUGGGCUUCAUUUUCAAUCAUAGGGGAAUCAAAGCUAACCCUGCGAAGAUCAAGGCCUUAAUUGAAAUGAGGUCGCCUAGGAAUGUAAAAGAGGAGGAAGAGCAAGCCCAGCAGCCGGUAUAUUAUGUGAGCAAAAGACUACUCGAUGCUGAAACCCGAUACUCGAACAUGGAGAAGUUAGCCUACGCACUAAUCUUGGCUUCCCGAAAACUAAGGCCUUACUUCCAGGCUCACAAGAUUGAAGUGCGAACAUCCUUCCCCCUCAGACAAGUCUUACACAAGUCGGAAGCCUCUAGAAGGGUCAUGAAAUGGGCAGUCGAGCUAGUCCAAUUUGACAUAGAGUACAAGCCAAGAACCUCCAUCAAGGGGCAAGCGCUAGCUGACUUCAUAUUUGAAUUUCCACCCACUUUUGAAGUUGAAAGGAUGGAAUGUGUACCUGAACCUCAGUCUCCAAUAGCCAUACCCGAGAAUUAUUCCCCUUGGUGGAACCUGUACGGCGAUGGAGCUGUCAAUGGAAAUGGGGUCGGGGCUGGCAUUAUCUUAGUCAGUACAGAAGGCCAUAAGCUGCAAAGCUCCAUUCACUUCGAUUUUAAAGCCACCAACAAUGACGCGGAGUAUGAAGCCCUAAUAGCGGGGCUGAAGCUAGCCUUGGAGAUGAGGGUGGAAAAUAUGAAUGUUUACAGUGAUUCUAUGCAGGAAUUAAUCGGCAAAUUCAGGGAAAUCAAGCUAGAGCAACUACCAAGAUCUGGGAAUGCAGAUGCAGAUGCCCUGGCCAAGUUGGGCUCUCAGAGGGAUGCACACAUGCUUUGGGUGAUCCCCCUCGAAAUCAAAUAUCAGCCUAGCAUCCCCAAGAUUGAAGUCUUGGACGGUGAGGUCGAUGAGUCUGACCUUUGGACAACCCCAAUCCAGGAAUACAUAGCCAACAGAACCCUGCCUAUAGACAAGGAUGAGGCCAGAAAAUUGAGAUUCAAGGCAGCCCAGUAUGUAAUCUAUGAUGGAAUCCUUUAUAAAAGGGGGUUCAACCGGCCCCUCCUUAGGUGUGUUGCUGGGAUAAGAUGUGAAUAUAUUAUGCGCGAGGUACACGAAGGAAUCUGUGGGAAUCACUCGGGGGGUGCCUCCCUUGCUCACAAAAUCCUCCGUCAAGGCUACUACUGGCCUACCCUCUACAAGGAUGGUCAUGCCUUUGCCAAGGCCGGUGACAGCUGCCAAAGGUUCUCUAAUACAAACAAGAACCCAGCAGUACCCCUAAAGACCCUGACAAGUCCCUGGCCGUUUCCUGUUUGGGGUAUAGAUCUGAUUGGUGAAUUACCCAAAGGGAAAGGAGGGGUGAAAUAUGCAGUCGUGGCAGUAGACUACUUUACUAAAUGGGCUGAGGCUGAACACCUGGCUUCCAUCACUGCAAGGAAGCUAGUCGACUUCGUUUAUCGUGCAAUCGUCUGUCGAUACGGGGUACCCUACAAGCUCAUAUCAUACAAUGGGAAGCAGUUUGAUAGCAAUGAGAUGAUAAAUUUCUAUGAACACCUUAGCAUAAAGAAAGGCUUUUCCGCGGUGUGCCACCCUCAAAGUAACAGUCAGACGGAGGCCGUAAACAAAAUUAUUAAGCACACCCUGAAAGCCAAACUGGAAGAGAAAAAGGGAUGUUGGCCGGAAGAACUUCCAAUGGUGUUGUGGUCUUACAAUACCACUCCAAGGUCAACCACUAGCGAAACCCCAUUCACCCCAACAUACGGGUGUGAAGCCAUGGUUCCCGUGGAAGUUGGAGCAGGGUCCUUUCGAAGGGAUAAUUAUGACACUGAGAAUAUUGAAGUCAACCACAGGCUCUACCUAGACCUGAUUGAGGAAGUAAGGGAUACGGCUCAGUUGAAACUUGAUGCGUAUCAACAGAGGACCCGUAAAUAUUUUGAUAAGAAAGUGAGGGAUCGACCCCUCAAACGGGAGACCUGGUUCUCAGGAAAAUGA